AUGGCUCAACCUUCAAAAGUGGACAGUGUCCUCGGCACCUCCGCCACCUCCUUCCCUCAUUCCCAUGAACAGAUAUCCGAGCCCAAGGAUACUCCGUAUUUCGUCGAUAACGAAUUUCGAUUCUCCAGCAGCAAUGACUUCAUCGAUAUCCAUGAUCCGGCAACCAAUAACUUGGUAUCGCGGGUUCCGAAAAUGACCAAAUCCGAGUUGGAGGACGUUGUGGCAUCUGCAGAGAGAGCCUUCCCUGUGUGGUCAUCUAUGUCUACAAUCGCCAGACAGCAGGUCAUGUUCCGAUAUGUGGGUCUUAUUCGGGAACACUGGGACCGACUCGCAGCUGUCAUCACUCUGGAACAAGGAAAAACUGUCUCUGAUGCCAAAGGCGAUGUGCUUCGAGGAUUGCAAGUUGCCGAGGCCGCUUGUGCAGGUCCGGAAUACAUGAAGGGAGAGGUUCUCGAAGUUGCAAAAGAUAUGGAAACUCGAACAUACAGAGAACCACUGGGUGUCGUUGCCGUGGUCUGCCCCUUCAACUUUCCUGCUAUGAUUCCUCUGUGGUGCAUUCCAAUUGCUACCAUCACUGGCAACACUGUUGUUCUUAAGCCAUCUGAGCGAGCACCUGGUGCGGCAAUGAUUCUAGUGGAGCUGGCUGAGAAGGCCGGGUUUCCUAAAGGAGUCAUCAACGUCGCACAUGGUGCGCAUGACACCGUCAACUUCAUUUUGGAUUCUCCCGUCAUUAAGGCGAUCAGCUUUGUUGGAAGCAACAAGGCUGGUGAAUAUAUCUUCGCCAAGGGCUCGGCGAACGGCAAGCGGGUCCAAGCAAAUCUUGGUGCCAAGAACCAUGCUGUCGUUUUACCCGAUUGUGAUAAAGAUUCCACAUUGGAUGCUAUCAUCGCUGCGGCAUUUGGAGCAGCUGGUCAGCGGUGUAUGGCCCUCUCCGCUGUUGUUUUUGUGGGCGAAACACAGAGCUGGCUACCUGAGCUGGUUGAACGAACUAAUGCCCUCUCUGUGAAUGGUGGCUUUGAGUCUGAAGCAGACCUUGGUCCGGUCGUGACUCCAGAAAGCAAGACCAGGAUUGAGAGUCUAAUUGCAAGUGCUGAAAGUGAAGGUGCAAAGCUUCUUCGUGAUGGUCGUGGGUUCAAGCCACCAAAGUAUCCCAACGGUAACUGGGUUGCUCCUACAAUCAUCAGUGAAGUCACCCCGUCUAUGCAAUGCUACAAGGAGGAGAUAUUUGGUCCAGUCUUGGUCUGCCUUCAGGUCCAGUCUCUUGAUGAAGCUAUUGAGCUUAUCAAUGAGAAUCCAUAUGGCAAUGGUACUGCUAUUUUCACAUCGUCUGGUGUUUCAGCUGAGAGAUUCCGAAAGAAUAUUCAGGCUGGCCAGGUUGGUGUUAAUGUUCCUAUUCCUGUGCCUCUGCCGAUGUUCUCUUUCACCGGAAAUAAGGGAAGUGUUGCUGGUGGAGGAGCAAACACCUUCUAUGGAAGACCUGGUGUCAAUUUCUACACGCAAUUGAAAACGGUCACUUCUAAAUGGGCAGGUAGAGAUGGUCAACCUGCAAAGACGACUCUCUCGAUGCCUACCCAUUCGUAG